AUGGCUGACAACACUCGCGCCAAAACUGCUAAACGAAAUAACCAAAAAACACAAUUUGACAACCAUACCAAUUUAUCAGACGAAGAAAUGGUCGCAGAAACCUACGGCCAAAACCAAAACGUAUCUCCAACAGCUCAAACAAAGAAAAAACAAAAAAGAAUUGAAAACUCUUCUUUACCUUCGUCCACAACAGACGAUAACAACAAUAUGGAAGUCGACGAAAAAACUACAAACGAACAUCCAAUUUCCUCGGAAAUUGACAUCUCAUCACGUGAUACGAAUUCCGUUGUAUCAACUACACCAAUCAUUACAAGCCAAGAUGCAAUGGACACAGAUCAACAGAUCAACCAUACAAAUUCAGUAUCAACACAAGGAUCUACUAACAUUAGAGCUGUUUAA